AUGAGCCCGCGCGCACUAGCGACGCGAUUUCUCAGUCAGUCGCUCUCGCUCUGUGUUGCAUACACACAAUUUCAGUGCGCCAACAGUAUGUCUGAUAACGGGAGUUGCGCUACGGAUGACAUUGGAAGUUGUGUUGUCGAUUCAGAAAGACUUAUUGCAGAAGUAGAAAAGCGACCAGCUCUCUACAACAGGAAAUUAAAAGAAUACAGUGAUCGCAAUUUGAAAGAGAAACUAUGGGGAGAAUGCAAAUGCUUCAUCUCCUACAAAAUUAAAAGUUUGAGGCUCUCCUUCCUCAUCAUGUGGAAAAAACUGAAGGACUGCUUCGCAAGAGAACUAGCAUCACAGAAAAAAUCUUCGUCUGGCGAGGCUGCAAGAAAACGGAGGAAAUAUCUAUACUUCGAUGCAAUGUUAUUUCUGCUCCCUCAAAUGGAAGACAGACCGACCACCAGCAACAUCGAAAUUAUGCCCAGUAGCACAGGAAACAAGGAAGUAGGUUCUCCCCCCAGUUUGUAUUCACAAAACAACAACGAUACUGUACAGAGCACAAAAGUACGACAUCCUACGAAAAGAGGAGCCAAGAAGGUUACGUCCUACGAGGAAUCUCUAUUAAAUAUAUUAAAAGACAGACAAAAAGAAGAAGUUAACGAGGAUAAGAAUUUUAUAUUAAUGCUUGUCCCCAUGCUGGAGAAUGCAUUUGAUAGUAAAAGGAUGGCUACGAACAUAACUGAGGAACGUUUCAUUAUAGUAGACGAGAGCAACGGCUAA